AUGGCUCCGAUCGCUACCAGCCGGGAAGAAUUUGAUGAAAUUCCCACAGUGGUGGGGAUCUUCAGUGCAUUUGGCCUGGUCUUCACAGUCUCUCUGUUUGCAUGGAUCUGCUGUCAGAGAAAAUCAUCCAAAUCUAACAAGACUCCUCCAUAUAAGUUUGUGCAUGUGCUAAAGGGAGUUGAUAUUUACCCUGAAAACCUAAACAGCAAAAAGAAAUUUGGAGCAGAUGAGAAAAAUGAAGUAAAGAAUAAACCAGCUGGGCCAAAUAAUUCUUUGCGUCUUGACCUUGAGAAGAGAGAUCUAAAUGGCAAUUUUCCCAAAACAAACCUCAAAGCUGGCAGUCCUUCUGACGUGGAGAAUGUGACCCCAAAGCUCUUUUCAGAAGGGGAAAAAGAGGCAGUUUCCCCUGAUAGCUUAAAGUCCAGCACUUCUCUUACUUCAGAUGAGAAACAAGAGAAGCUGGGAACCCUCUUCUUCUCCUUAGAGUAUAACUUUGAGAAGAAAGCAUUUGUGGUAAAUAUUAAAGAAGCCCGUGGCUUGCCAGCCAUGGAUGAGCUGUCGAUGACCUCUGAUCCAUACAUCAAAAUGAUGAUUCUCCCAGAGAAGAAGCAUAAAGUGAAAACCAGAGUUCUGAGAAAGACCUUGGACCCAGCUUUUGAUGAGACCUUUACAUUCUAUGGAAUACCCUACACCCAGAUCCAAGAGUUGGCCUUGCACUUCACAAUCUUGAGUUUUGACAGGUUUUCAAGAGAUGAUAUAAUUGGAGAAGUCCUUAUUCCUCUCACAGGAAUUGAAUUAACUGAUGGAAAAAAGUUAAUGAACAGAGAGAUUAUCAAGAGAAAUGUUAGGAAGUCUUCAGGACGUGGUGAGUUACUGAUCUCUCUCUGCUAUCAGUCCAUCACAAAUACUCUCACUGUGGUUGUUUUAAAAGCUCGGCACCUGCCUAAAUCUGAUGUAUCUGGACUUUCAGAUCCCUAUGUCAAAGUGAACCUGUACCAUGCCAAAAAGAGAAUCUCCAAAAAGAAGACUCAUGUGAAGAAAUGCACCCCCAACGCAGUGUUCAAUGAACUGUUUGUCUUUGACAUUCCCUGUGAGGGUCUUGAAGAGAUAAGUGUUGAAUUUCUGGUUUUGGAUUCUGAAAGGGGAUCCCGAAAUGAGGUGAUUGGGCGGUUGGUCCUGGGAGCAGCAGCAGAAGGAGCCAGUGGAGAACACUGGAAGGAGAUUUGUGACUAUCCCAGGAGGCAAAUUGCCAAGUGGCAUGUGCUCUGUGAUGGUUAG